AUGCGGCGUGCUCUAAUCUCGUAUCACGAAAGUCAAGACUACAGAGCAAUUGAGAGAAAAAUAUCCAAGUUGCUGGCAUUAGCUUCCAAAAUUCCUCGGCAACUUAAACUAUUAUCAACCGAUCACUGGUCUCCACUUUGGACGAAACUCGAUCCCCUGACUUUCCUCACAUUCUUGCUGAGCAUCAAAUCCCUCACUCUCUCCACCUCACUCCACCUACCGUUCAACGCGUACAGAUCACACACAAGUGAGAAAACCCCACCAUCUUUCUCCGGCCUCACCAUCUUCAACACCUUAUCCAUCACCUUCUCGGCCAUCUCAAACUUCUUGUGCACCUUACAAGCCGACAAAAACGAACCCCAUAUCACCACAUUCGCCUCAAACGGCAUCUUGUUGAUGGUCUCGUACGCCUCUCCCAGCAGACCCGUUUUGCCAAACAGAUCCACCAUGCACCCGUAG